AUGGUACUUUUCCAUCUGGCAUAUGUUGGGAUCAAACUAUUCCUGUGGCCUGGAGGCACUAAGGAGGAGAAUGGCGUGCUGCUCGGGCUCGUGUUGGGCUUCGUGCUGGCCUCACGGCUCGUCCUGCCCCGCGCCUCUGAGCUGAAGCGAGCGGGUCCUCGGCGCCGCGCCAGCCUCGAGGGCUGCCGGCCAGGGCAGGCGGCGGCUUCCCAGGCCGGCGGGGCGCGCGGCGAUGUGCGCGGGGCGCAGCUCUGGCCGUACGGCCCGGCCUCGGAUGGCGGUCCGCGCGACAGGAACUUUCUCUUCGUGGGAGUCAUGACCGCCCAGAAAUACCUGCAGACCCGCGCCGUGGCCGCCUACAGAACAUGGUCCAAGACAAUUCCUGGGAAAGUCGAAUUCUUCUCUAGUGAGGGUUCAGACACCUCGAUACCAAUUCCGAUAGUGCCACUACGGGGCGUGGACGACUCCUACCCACCCCAGAAGAAGUCUUUCAUGAUGCUCAAGUACAUGCAUGACCACUACCUGGACAAGUAUGAAUGGUUUAUGAGAGCAGAUGAUGACGUGUAUAUCAAAGGAGACCGUCUGGAGAAUUUUCUGAGGAGUUUGAAUAGCAGUGAGCCCCUCUUUCUCGGGCAGACAGGACUGGGCACCACGGAAGAGAUGGGGAAACUGGCCCUGGAACCCGGUGAGAACUUCUGCAUGGGGGGGCCCGGUGUGAUCAUGAGCCGGGAGGUUCUCCGGAGAAUGGUGCCGCACAUUGGAAAGUGUCUCCGGGAAAUGUACACGACUCACGAGGACGUGGAGGUGGGAAGAUGUGUCCGGAGGUUUGCGGGGGUGCAGUGUGUCUGGUCUUAUGAGAUGCAGCAGCUUUUUUAUGAGAAUUACGAACAGAACAAAAAGGGGUACAUUAGAGAUCUCCAUAAUAGUAAAAUUCACCGAGCCAUCACCCUGCACCCCAACAAAAACCCACCCUACCAGUACCGGCUCCACAGCUACAUGCUCAGCCGCAAGAUAGCCGAGCUUCGCCACCGCACCAUCCAGCUCCACCGAGAGAUCGUCCUGAUGGGCAGAUACAGCAACACGGAGAUUCACAAAGAAGACCUCCAGCUGGGAAUCCCACCUUCCUUCAUGAGGUUUCAGCCCCGCCAGCGGGAGGAGAUCCUGGAGUGGGAGUUUCUGACUGGGAAAUACUUGUAUUCUGCGGCUGAGGGCCAGCCGCCUCGGAGAGGGAUGGACUCCGCUCAGAGGGAGGCCUUGGAUGACAUUGUCAUGCAGGUCAUGGAGAUGAUCAAUGCCAAUGCCAAGACCAGAGGACGCAUUAUUGACUUCAAGGAGAUACAGUAUGGCUACCGCCGGGUGAACCCCAUGUAUGGGGCCGAAUACAUCCUGGACCUGCUCCUUCUGUACAAAAAGCACAAAGGGAAAAAAAUGACUGUUCCCGUCCGGCGACACGCAUAUUUACAGCAGACCUUCAGCAAGAUCCAGUUUGUGGAGCACGAGGAACUGGAUGCAAAGGAAUUGGCCAACAAAAUCAAUCAGGAAUCCGGAUCCUUGUCCUUUCUCUCAAAUUCCCUGAAGAAACUUGUUCCCUUUCAGCUCCCUGGAUCAAAGAACGAGCACAAAGAACCCAAAGAGAAAAAGAUAAAUAUAUUGAUUCCAUUGUCUGGGCGUUUCGACAUGUUUGUGAGAUUCAUGGGAAACUUCGAGAAGACGUGUCUCAUUCCCAAUCAGAACGUCAAGCUCGUGGUUCUGCUUUUCAAUUCUGACUCGAACCCUGACAAGGCCAAACAAGUUGAACUCAUGAGAGAUUAUCGCAUUAAGUACCCUAAAGCUGACAUGCAGAUUUUGCCUGUGUCUGGAGAGUUUUCAAGAGCUCUGGCCCUUGAAGUAGGGUCUUCCCAGUUCAGUAACGAGUCUCUGCUCUUUUUCUGUGACGUUGACCUCGUGUUUACUACAGAAUUCCUUCAACGAUGUCGAGCAAACACAGUUCUGGGCCAACAGAUAUAUUUUCCAAUCAUCUUUAGCCAGUACGAUCCAAAGAUUGUUUAUAGUGGGAAAGUUCCCAGUGAUAACCAUUUUGCCUUCACUCAGAAAACUGGCUUCUGGAGAAACUAUGGGUUUGGCAUUACUUGCAUUUACAAGGGAGAUCUUGUCCGAGUAGGCGGCUUUGAUGUUUCCAUCCAGGGCUGGGGGCUCGAGGAUGUGGACCUUUUCAACAAGGUUGUCCAGGCAGGUUUGAAGACAUUUAGGAGCCAAGAAGUGGGAGUAGUCCACGUCCACCAUCCUGUCUUUUGUGAUCCCAAUCUCGAUCCCAAACAGUACAAAAUGUGCUUGGGGUCCAAAGCAUCCACAUAUGGGUCCACACAGCAGCUGGCUGAAAUGUGGCUGGAAAAAAACGACCCAAGUUACAGUAAAAACAGCAAUAACAGUGGCUCAGUGAGGACAGCCUAA